AUGUUGAACCAUUUUGUUUGUGGCAGUUUCCAGCACCAAGAAGAAGAUGUUGCACCAUGUUCAAGCCCCAAGAGUUCCAAGAGAAAAAAAGAAAGCAGAAAUAACAACCCAUACUCCAAUCGAGGCUUAGACAAGUUUUCAGCACUUUUGGCUGAUCUUGACGAGAGAAGGCAAAAGGUUUACUCACAAACGAGUCCUGAGGAGAUAUCUUUGGUUCGGUUUGCUUAUUCAAGCAACGAUGAUUUCGUUCCCAUAGUGGUCAAAAUGAAAAACAAGGAUCAGAAUAAGAAACACAAGAGUGAAGAACUCAAAGCAAGACACUUGACAUCUUUCUCGGAGCAAUUGGAGAAAUCAGCUGAAGAAGCAACCGUGGAAGAAAGGAAGCAACAACACAAUAAGUUGAAAUCUCAUCAGAAGAAGAAUUUUAGCUUUUCUUCGAAUAUGUUGACGUGGCCUUCUUUCUAUGUGCCAGCAGUUGUGAUUUUGAUUUUGGUUUUUCUGAUUGUGUUUGGUAGAUCGGUUGCAACACUUUGCACCUGUGUUGUGUGGUAUGUGGUUCCCACGUUGAGUGAAUGUUACCAUGAUAGUUCGAAGCCAAGGAAAUCAGUGAUGAAUUGGAAGAAGAGAGAUUAUGUUUGGGGAUGGUUGAAUGACAUGAAGAUGGUGAAUCCUGAAGAUGGAUUAGCUUCUCCAAGAACUGGUGAUUUCAAGGUUUAUUCCAGUGGCAAGAGUUCAGGGAAACAUGGCCACCAGAAAAACUGGUGA